AUGCAAUACAAAAAGACUAUCGUCGCCGCCGCUCUUGCCGGUUCCGCUUCUGCCGCUGUCACUGCUUCCGAGCCAUGGACUACUUUGACACCUUCUGCCACAUACAGCGCCGGUAUCACCUCCUACAGUGAUACUUUCGGUAUCGCUGUGAUCCCAAUCACCACUUCUGUGUCUACUGUUUCUGCUAGCACUGCUACCUCUAGCACCAAGGCCAAGCGUGACGCUGUCUCUCAAAUCGGUGACGGUCAAAUCCAAGCUACCACCAAGACCACUGCUGCCGCUGUUUCUCAAAUCGGUGACGGUCAAAUCCAAGCUACCACCAAGACCACUGCUGCUGCCGUCUCUCAAAUCGGUGAUGGUCAAAUCCAAGCUACCACCAAGACCACUGCCGCUGCUGUUUCUCAAAUCGGUGAUGGUCAAAUCCAAGCUACCACCAAGACCACUGCCGCUGCUGUUUCUCAAAUCGGUGACGGUCAAAUCCAAGCUACCACCAAGACCACCGCUGCUGCUGUCUCUCAAAUCGGUGACGGUCAAAUCCAAGCUACCACAGAGACCACUGCUGCUGCCGUCUCUCAAAUCGGUGACGGUCAAAUCCAAGCUACCACAGAGACCACUGCUGCUGCCGUCUCUCAAAUCGGUGACGGUCAAAUCCAAGCUACCACAGAGACCACUUCCGCUAAGUCUACUGCCGCUGCUGUCUCCCAAAUCGGUGACGGUCAAAUCCAAGCCACCACCACUACUCUAAAACCAUCCUCCGCUGCUGCCGUCUCUCAAAUCAGCGACGGUCAAAUCCAAGCCACUUCUUCCACAAAGACCACCAACGGUGCCUCUCAGGUCUCCGACGGUCAAGUCCAAGCCUCCACCGCUUCCUCCUCGAGCCCAUCCGCCACUUCUGACUCCUCUGACCCAGUCAAGGCCGUUUCUUGCAAGGCCAACGGUACUCUAGAAAUGACCUUGGACGGCGGUAUCUUGAAGGACGAGAAGGGAAGAAUCGGUUCCAUCGUUGCCAACAGACAAUUCCAAUUCGACGGUCCUCCACCACAGGCUGGUGCCAUCUACGCUGCUGGCUGGGCCAUCACCCCAGAUGGAAACUUGGCUAUCGGUGACAGCGAUGUCUUCUACCAAUGUCUAUCGGGCUCCUUCUACAACUUGUACGACGAGUCCAUCGGUGCUCAAUGUGCUCCAGUCCACUUGGAAGUCAUUGACUUGGUCGACUGUUAA